AUGAAAGUUCGACGGCAUCAGAGCCAUUUACUAGAGAAUCAGACGUGCCUAGCAGCUGGCAGUGAAUCAACCAAUGCUAAAGACAAUGAGCGAGGUGGCCCAAAGACGCUGCAGCAGCUGCAGCUCCAAAUUCUGGCGAAAACUGAGAACUUUGUGGUGCUGAACAAGGGGCCAGACGAGAGGAUGGACGGUGCUUUUAAUGUGACGCUUGAGAAAGCGCUAAUGAGAGACUUUCCAGAGGUAGAGAAGUUCCGGUGGAUCCACCAACUUGAUUUUGCAACGUCGGGUGUGCUGCUUGUCGGAGCAAACAAAGAAGCUACUGCGGUAGGCUGUCAACUUUUUCGAGAGAAGAAGGUGCAGAAAGAAUAUUUGGCAAUAGUGCGAGGUCAUCUGCCUUUUCAUCCGACGGAUAGUGUGGACAGCAUUGGGAUGGCUGCUAAAGCUUGCACGUUCUCGAAGCUUGGCUUGCUGAUUCAGGAUAUGGAGGAAAUGGAGCGACUAAGGAGCCAGCAGCGUGGAACGAGGGCACAUCAGCGAAUGACAGAAUACCCACGCGGCGCUCGCCAUGGACCUAACAUGUUCGCGAUGGAGCAGGCUAAGCUUCUACGCGAAAGUCGGGGAGAAGGAGAUGCUGGAGGCAGUGCUCGUGAACUAACUCCAGUAGAAGUAGCAUUUACAAGAAUGGCGUGGCAAGAGCUAACAAAGGAGGAGAAAGAUGCAUACACGGAGAAGGCAAAAGCAGAUAAGCAGCGCUUUUUGCACGAGUUCAGCAAAUUUCUCAGCAACGAAAAGGCUCGACUUGCUCGCAAGCGCAAAUACGGUUGUCUUGAUGCGAGUGACGAUACCAUCGAGCCGGUGGCUUAUAUUUUUGAUGCGCCAAUUGUUGAGCCGCACCGAAGUACACAAGUUUUUCGUAUGCAGGUGGGCACGGAGACUAACACUAUAGCCAAGCAGUCCACAACAAUUGCGUUUGUCUUGGGCCAUGCAAUGUACAACGGCCAGCCAGUUACAAAGGUGUUGUUGCGCCCGCUCAAUGGCCGCCGGCACCAAUUACGUCUCCAUUUGGCAAACUAUGGCUUUCCAAUUGUCGGUGACGUCACUUACGGCUCAAUGGAAGAUGAAGCACCACGAAUGAUGCUGCACGCUUGGAAGAUCUGGCUUUGUGGACGUCCAGUAGACAAGAAAAAGUUUGGCGACCUGUAUUUCGAAAGUCCCGAUCCGUUUAAGCCCAUUGUGUCAAGUGAGCGUGAAGUCUCUACAAUAACGUACGACAAGCUAAAGAAAGCAGAAGGACGCCACGUGGCCACCGAGGCAACUACAUACUCGCUGGACUCGACAAUAGCGUACUCGACCAUACUCACAAGUGAAUAUGGAUGUCUGCUGCGUCAUGGGGCUUGUUGCUCUGAAUGCGUUGGCCCUGAGUGUCUAUACAUCAACGCAACAGUGUCCUCAGCGGUCACCAUUUGGAUACAAUGGACGGGAAUGGAAGACAAGGAGGUAGUUCUAUUCGAUGAGCAAAGGUUUCGAGAUUUCAAUGAUGACGAUAAUGAAAGCAGUGAGUAUCCCCAUCAGAUAUGGAAGAAAGGCGAGUUUGAAUGUCUUGGUUGGGUGGAGACGGAUGACGAUGGUGAUGAACUAGGGAGACGAAGAGAGUGCUGGCAACGUAUUCAAGCGGGUGACGCCGGAUAUUGCGAGAUAUUGAACAGAACAUCUGGAAAGGUGUUUCGAAUAAUGCAAACAACCAGCCUCUCCUUGAAAGACGACGCUCGAUUCACGUGCAAAUUGUCCAGAGUGUUUUCUUCAUUUCGAUUUAAUGCUGCAACAUAUCGUCAUGACCCACCGAUGUCACUUAAUUCGUCAAACGUGCAUGGAAUUGUCAUGGCUAUUCAUGAAGACGUACUGCCUAGCGCCUUCGCUAGUAUUCGUCGUCUGCGAGACAUUGGGUGUAUACUUCCCAUAGAGCUUUGGUGCCGUCGCGACGAACUCAUGCAAGACAACCCGGUGUUGUUGCUGCUGAUGGAAAAGUUUGGACCCGUCCAUUUCCGACAAGUGUUUGACGAGCGUAUUUACAACUUCAACGUAAAAGUUCACGCUCUCUACUAUUCGCAGUUUACAAGCGUGUUGCUGCUGGAUUCCGAUAAUUUUGCUGUGCAUGAUCCAACACCGCUGUUCACUUCAUCGGCGAUGCAGACCUAUGGCGCUGUGUUUUGGCCUGAUUUCUGGCACCCAGGAAAUUCCAUCUUCAAUCUUCAUGCUCAAAGCCUGGUAUGGGAGCUGCUAGGACUCGAUUACAUCGACAUGCUGGAACAGGAGAGCGGUCAGCUAUUGGUGAAUCGUGCAAUGAAUCGACAUGUGCUUGACCAGUUGCUCUACUACGCGACUCACUCACCAAACCUGUUUCGUAAGCUGAAACUCGUGUGGGGUGACAAAGAUCUAUUUCGCUUGGCUUGGCUUCAGAAGAAAGCAAAAUUCCACUAUAACGACCAUCGCAUGCCCGGGAUGCUCGGGAUUGUCAAUGAAAGCCGCCAACGCUUUUGCGGAGUCACAAUGGUGCAGUACGACUUGGAUGGAAAGAGUAUGCUAUUCUGGCACCGGAACACUAUAAAAUUAAGCGGUCGCGAUGAUGACAGGCUCGUUUGGCACAUGUUACAAGAGAUUCCGACCUCUGCUGGAGAAGACGGCUAUCCGCGGCCCAAGAUACAGUCGUUUAACGGCGACAAAAUGUUUAACGAAACCUCGUGCUUUGGCAUAAAGCGCUACGGGACGAACCCGCGUGUGCAAAUGACACAAGUUGAGGAUCUUGAUGAGGACUUGGCCUUGUUGGAAAAUGCUCUGAUCAAAUACGCGCGCCAGGCAUACACGCUGCUUCACGAAGAAAACUAA